UACCGUAUAAUUAUAUGCAACUUAAACGGUGUACAUACUUCAACGGUGUGCAUUUAAACAUGUUGAAAAGUGGGUGGAGAAUUUACCAACAAACUUUACUCUACUUUCGAUUUUAAAUGAGAGAAAUUCGACGUUGAAUCCAAAGGAGAACAAUUGCGAUCCCUGUUUAAGAGAGGGAUUUAAAGUCAAGGCUAUUGUCUACUGCUAUGAUUAUUCAGAAAAGAAAUGGUAGAUUUACAUAUUAGUCGUAUAGAUAAAUGGCAACAGCAAAUAAAGUUUUUGUUCGUAAGGAUUACUUUUAUUGUAGCAUCUGUUUGGAGAUAUUUAACACACCCAGGACAUUACCAUGUUUACAUACAUUCUGUCAUUCAUGUUUAGAGGGAUAUAUCCAAAAGAUUCUAGAUAAACCUGGCAAGCAGAAGUUGUUUUGUCCUGUUUGUAGGGCAGAUACGAAAACUGAUAACCUUCAGUUAAAAUAUGUUGAAAAGUGGGUGGAGAAUUUACCAAUAAACUUUACUCUAUUUUCGAUUUUAAAUGAGAGAAAUUCGACGAUGAAUCUAAAGGAGAACAACUGCGAUCCCUGUUUAAGAGAGGGAAUUAAAGUCAAGGCUAUUGUCUACUGCUAUGAUUGUACAGAAAAGAUGUGCGAAGAAUGUAAAAGACACCAUAGGAAAAGUAAACUAUCAUCCAAUCAUAAAUUAAUUGACGUUAAAGACGGUUGUGUGGAAAAAAUGGACUUGUCUGAACUCGAAUAUUUCUCAAACCUUUCAAAAUGUCCAAAGCAUGGUUCUGAGGAUGUGAAGUACCUCUGCAAAGAUCAUGAUCAACUCUGUUGCAGUGAAUGUGCAAUAGUAACACAUAGGAAGUGUGAAGACUUGGUCUCACUUGCUGAUGAAGUGAACGGCAACGAAGAAAAAAAUGAUGAAUCUGACAUACAAAAGAGACUUGAGGUUGUGGAUGAUCAUGCAUACAAAUUGAUUGACCACGAGAAAAAGUUCAUCUCAGAUCUGAAUACAAAAGAAACCGAAGUCAAGAGCUGUCUGAAGGAUUUUAAAGUAAACUUAGACGACGCCUACAACAAACUUGAGAAGAGAAUUCUGUCAGAAAUGUCAACAAGAAAAUUGGCAUUAACAAAAGCCAGUUCUUUACAGAAAGAGUCAGCAGAAAGGCUGAAAGAUGAUAUUAGGCAAUCAGCUGAAAAGCUGGAGAAAGCACACAAGUUUGGAACGGCCAGGCACCUUUUCCUACUUAAAAGAGAAAUUGGAAAAGAUAUCAAUGUAUAUGAGGAAACAUUUACAGGACUCCAACAGCAGUCAAGCACAACUUUACUCACCAUAGCUGAGGCUUGUCCACUGCAAGAAGCUGUUAAAACCGUUCAAUAUCUCUUCAAAGUAGAAGAAACGAUGACAGAGUCACGCCCACAUUUCAUGAUGAGAGGAAGAAACUUUAAAGAUAGAAAAAUGACUUUAAUGAAAGAAUUUGGUCUACAAAUGUAUAAUGAGCCUCGAUAUUGUCUGUGGAUUGAAAAUUCUAUCAUUAUAGUAGCUUUUUAUUCUAGUGAGACAAUAGUCGCGUUUAAUUCUGAAAAUGGUUCAGUUUUAUCAUCUUACAAAUGUUCUUCACCACCAACGGGUUUAGCAUCUUUAGAAAACGGUGAAUUUGCUGUUGCCUUGCCAACGUCGAACAAAAUUGACAUACUGAAAAUUCACGAGAAUCAGAUGUCGUACGUUAGACUCUUGGUGACUUCAAGGUCAGACGUGAUUGCAUACAGAAGAUGGAACAAACAGUUGUUGGCAAUGUCAAGAUCGGAGGGGAUGAUAAGAAAAUUUACUCUUGAAGGUAGAAAUGCAGAAGAUAUUAAGAUGAGCAGUAUAAGUAGUAAUGACAUAGGGAACACCUGUAACAUUUACUUUGAUAACGAAAACCAUCGCAUCUAUAUUUCAUCACAUAGUUCUGGUCGACUACAUUGCUUUGAUGCAUCUGGAAAAUCAGUGUUCCAGUACGGAAUUCCCCAUCCAUGGUCUGUUAUAACAGACAUUCAAGGGAAUGUAUAUGUCGCAAGUUAUAGUAAUAACUGUAUCCAACAACUAAAUCGUGAGGGACAGUUGCUGAGGGAGAUCAUAUCAGUGAAUAAUAUCCAACAUCCGAUGGCAACCAAAUGAACAGAAUGGUUAUAACAUGUGGCAGUUCGAACAACAAAAUGCAGAUAUAUCAGUUUGAAUAGAACAUGAUGUUGUGAACGUUGUUUAACAAUAAUAAAUUGAUAUCAAUGCAAGUAUCUGCUAGUAGGACUGCUCACAAAACUGUUUUUGGUGAAUACGAAUAUAUGUAAUGUUUAAACUUAUACCCCUUAUGUAAGCAUUAAACAAUGUCAAGGUCGUAAAAGACAAUAUUUAAGUUGACGGAAAGAUUAAAUCUUAGGACAAAUUCUGACACAGAGCAAUGACUGGACUUGAACAUCACUAUUCCAAUGCUUUUACAAGUUUUAACUAUCGUUGGUCAGCUAUAGAUAGUCACUGCGUUUCUUUGUCAAUAUGAAAAUUAUUUCGAUAGAUACGCAAUUUAUUGAUUAGUAAUAAUUUGUGUCUUGCAGAAAAUAAUUGAAAUCGAAAGAAUUGAAGAGGAUACUUUCUUAAGGAUUGCUUGUGUUUCCUAUCUGCCUAAAGCAUAAACGAUUAAAUUAUUGAACUGAACUUGUCGCUUACAUGAUCAUUCUUGCUGAGUAGCAGAUUUUACUUAACUGUGUUUUAACAGUUUGAUAUGUAUAGCAAUAUGUGUGUAACCUAAAUGAAUCACAGCAUACUGCACUUUAAAGUAACAGUUUAUCACGUGAAUAUCUAUCAGUUGAAGUGAAUAAACAGUUCACCAAAUUUGCACUCACCUUCUCAAUCUUAUUUCCUUAAACAUGAAGACGGCUUCCUGCUGUUUUACUAUUCAUUCACUUUUUUCUGAUAUCUACAUUUAUUUUCUGAUGUCCUUAAUUUGUUCUAUGAUAUCAUUAAAUGCAUCUUGUGGUAUCUUUAAAUAUAGUGUAUUAAAUGAUAUCACUAAUUGUAAUUCAAGAUACCAAGAAAUGUAUUUGUUACAUCCGAAAGUGUUUCAAAAUAUCAUAAAAUGAGUUAAGAAUAUCACAAAAUAGAAUAUUGGAUAUUUCUAAAUAUGAAUAUUUUUCAUAUCCUUUAUUUGAUGCAAUGUUAUUUUAUUUUAUGACACUUGGAAAUAUAUCUAAUGAUGUCAAUAGUUCAUUUAAGGAUAUCCCAAACUAUGUUUGAUUUUUGGAUAUCAGUAAUUCAUUUAAUGAUAUCAUAAAAUUCAAUCUAAAACAUCUAUAAUUGAUUUUAUGAUAUCCUACAAGCUGUUGAGUUGUAUCCUUUAAUCAAUUAAUUUUAUGAUUACCUUCAUUCCAUUUAAUGAUACCUUUAACUCAUGUUGCGAUAAUCAUAAAUCAUUUAUGGACAUCAAAAACUAGAAUUAAAUAGAUC